GUGUGUUCAACUGCUGCAACAUUUUGCUGCCGUUUCCUGAUUGAACAACUUGUUUGGCCACAACAUAGCAAAACGUUCAGUGUAGAAAAAUGCCCAACCCAUUUCUGCUCAAGGAAACUUGCAAACAUUCUUGAACACCACCAUUGUCACCUGGUUGACCACACCCACAUCCAUCCCACCUGGUCCUACCUUCUUUCCCACUGAUAACAGGAACGAUUCUGAUUGGCCAAUCCCAAACCCCAUCCACCCUGGGCCCCUCCCUAGUGUUCUGAGGAAGUCAUGAGGAAGUCAGCUGUCACUCUGCUGCUGCUUCUCACAGUUAGCACUAGUGUUACGGAGAGCUACAAAAUGGCAUCAGUGUCUUCUCAGGAGGAGUCCUUCUCUUGUCCAGUUUGUCUGGAGCUGUUAAAGGAUCCGGUGACAAUUCUCUGUGGACAUAAUUUCUGUAUGAGCUGUCCCCUCUGCAAGCACACCUUCGACUCCAGGCCUGUCCUCCACAAAAACCGUCUGAUGGCUGAAAUGGUGGAGAUGUUCAGGAAGACCAACAUCCAAGCUGCUGCUCCUGAUCACUGUUAUGCUGGACCUGGAGAUGUGGUGUGCAACAUUUGCACUGGAAGAAAACUCAAAGCUGUCAAGUCCUGUCUGGAGUGUCUGAAGUCGUACUGUGACACUCACCUAAAUGCUCACAAUGAACUUAUAGGAAGAAAUCACAACAUGAUUGAGGCCACAGCCCAGCUACAGGAGAGGAUUUGUCCCCGUCAUCAGAAGGUUUUUGAAAUAUUCUGUCGUACGGACCAGAGUUGCAUCUGUCUUAUGUGUCCGAUGGACGAUCAUAAAGGCCACGACACAACCACGGCUGCGGCAGAGUGGAGUCAUGAAAAGGAGGGGUUGGGGCAGAGCCAGAGGAGAUGCCAGCAGAUAAUCCAGUUGAAGGAGAAGGAGCUGCAGGAGCUGAGGAAGGCUGUGGAGACUCUCAAGUCUGGUGCACAGACAGCAGUGAAGGAGAGUGAGAGGAUGUUUACUGAGAUGAUCCGCUCCAUUAAGAGAAGGCGCUCUGAGGUGACAGAGCUGAUCAGAGCUCAGGAGAAGGCUGAGGUGAGUCGUGCUGAAGGACUCCUGAAGCGACUGGAGCAGGAGAUUGCUGAGCUGAAGAAGACAGAUGCUGAGAUGAAGCAGCUUUCACUGACACAGGAUCCCAUCCAUUUCCUCAAGAAUAUUGUGUCCAUCAAUGGGAGGCCUUACAGCACAAUUUCAACCAACGUGACCUUCACUGUGAGGAACAUUCAGAUCAUCGAGAGCAUACAGCAUACUGAUCCUGAACUCCCAUUCAGAAGAGCAGACAGUGAGGAGCAUCUGCCACCACACAUGUCUGAUGGCCAGGCUCUUAUUGGUGAACCAGUGACCAGAGAGGACUUCUUAAAGUAUUCCUGUCACUUCACUCUGGAUCCAAACACAGCACACACAGUCCUCCAUCUGUCUGAGGGGAACAGGAGGGUGGAGUGUAGACCUGGGGCCCCUCGGUCAUAUCCUCGUCAUCCAGACAGAUUUGAUGGGUGGCAUCAGGUGCUGUGUAGAGAGGGUGUGUCUGCACGCUGCUACUGGGAGGUUGAGUGGAGUGGUGAGGGGGUUGGUAUAGCAGUGUCAUAUAAAAGCAUCAGCAGGAAAGGACUGGGCAAUGAGUGUAGGUUUGGAGGUAAUGAUCAGUCCUGGAUGCUGCACCUGGACAGCUCCGGCUCCUCUUUCCAUCACAAUGAUAAAGAGACUAAACUCCCUCUAGUGGCCAGCUCCAGAAUAGGAGUGUAUGUGGAUCACAGGGCAGGAACUCUGGCCUUCUACAGCAUCUCUGGAGACACAAUGACCCUCCUGCACAGAGUCAACACCACAUUCACACACACACUCUACCCUGGGAUUUGGUUUUGUUAUCGUGAAUCAUCAGUGAAGUUGGUGUGA